AUGCCACUCUCCGCAGUGCUCGGCGCGCUCUUAGGCGCCCUCCUGGCAGCGGCCGCGCGCGCCGGCUACUCGGGCGACCGCUGCAGCUGGAGGGGGAGCGGCCUGACCCAGGAACCCGGCAGUGUCGGGCAGCUGACCCUAAGCUGUGCGGAGGGAACGGUAGAGUGGCUGUACCCGGCCGGGGCACUACGCCUGACCCUGGGCCGUCCUGAUGCUGGCGCGCGGCCCGGUGUCGCCUGUCUGCGGCCGGCGCGACACUUCGCAGGUGCCCAGGUCUUUGCGGAACAUGCGGGAGGCGCCCUGGAGCUGCUGCUAGCCGAGGGUCCAGGCCCGGCGGGCGGCCGCUGCGUGCGCUGGGGUCCCGGCGAGCACCGAGCCCUCUUCCUGCAAGCCACGCUGCAUCGCGACAUCAGUCGUCGUGUGGCCGCUUUCCGCUUCGAGCUGCGUGAAGACAGGCGUCCCGAGUUGCUACCCCAGACUCAAGGCCUCAGUGUGAAUGGUGUCUGCAGGCCUUGCAGUGAUGAGGAGCUUCUCCUAACCUCUUGCACCAGCGAUUUUGUGAUCCAGGGAACCAUCCACGAGGUCACCCAUGACCUGGACUUGCAGGAGUCUGUCAUCCAAGUGACAGCUGCCCGUGUCCUCCGACACACACUGCCCUUGCUCAAGGCAGGGGACACAGAGGGCCAGGUGCAGGUCUUCAUCCGCACCCCACUUCACUGCGGCGUGCGCCCAGGCCCUGGCACCUUCCUCUUCAUGGGUUGGCACCGGUUUGGCGAGGCCUGGAUGGGCUGUGCCCCCCGCAUCCAGGAGUUUGCCCGUGUCUACUCAGCAGCUCAAGUUGCCCACCUCCUUCCCUGCGAGGUGGUGCUAGACUGA